AUGGACGGUAUCUACGAUAACGGGCUCGAUGACUUCGGUCCAAGAAGCAGUUCUGCUCUGUCAUCCAACUUUCAGUUACCGGCAAGCUCCAGUCCAACCACAAGAAUAAGUCCUAAGAAGAAGCUCUCUGUUCCUGCGACAAGCAAAUCCAAGCCCUUGGAGUCAUCAGCCACCUUUCCAUCCUGUCAGGCUCAAGGCAGCUCCCUGUCCAAUACACCUGUCAUUCAUGGCAUUCCCCUUGUCAGUUUGCGUCAGGCUCUGCCAGAGAAGUUCCGAGCCAUCUUUCCUUUCGAACUAUUUAAUGCCGUCCAGUCGAAGUGCUUCAGCGCAGUCUACGAGACCAAUGACAACGUCGUAAUCGCUGCCCCAACAGGUAGUGGCAAGACUGCCAUCCUGGAGUUGGCUAUCUGCAAGCUCGCGCUUGACCGAGGCUCACAAAAUUUCAAAAUUGUCUACCAAGCUCCAACCAAAGCCCUCUGUUCUGAGAAAGCGCGCGACUGGGAGAAGAAGUUUGCCCAUAUGAACUUGAAGUGCGCCGAGCUGACCGGGGACACGUCCCAUGCCGAGAUGAAGCGAGUGAGUGAUGCUUCCAUCAUCGUGACCACUCCAGAGAAAUGGGAUUCUGUCACUCGGAAGUGGCAAGACCACCAGAAGCUCCUCCAGAUGGUGGAGUUGUUUCUGAUCGACGAAGUCCACAUCCUCAAGGACGUUCGUGGGGCAACCCUUGAAGCCGUCGUCUCACGGAUGAAGACAAUCGGAGCGAACGUCCGCUUUAUUGCUCUCAGCGCUACCGUCCCCAACUCUGAGGACAUCGCCCAGUGGCUUGGCCGAAACAACACCAACCAGCAGCUUCCCGCCCAUAGAGAGGUCUUUAGGGAAGAGUUUCGCCCCGUGAAGCUGCAGAAGUUCGUAUACGGAUUUGACCACAACGGAAACGAUUUCACCUUUGACAAAUUUCUGGACCAGAAGCUUCCUAGUCUGCUUUCCCGCCAUUCUCAGCGGAAGCCCAUCCUCAUCUUUUGCUUUACCAGAAAGUCUUGCGAAACUACGGCUACCAUGCUCGCUGACUACGCAGCCAGCAGAUCUGACAGCACUCCAGUGUGGCCCAUACCGAAUCAGAGAAUUCCGGUCAUCAGCAAAGAGCUCCAGGAGAUCAUUCACUUGGGAGUAGCAUUUCAUCAUGCUGGCUUGGACUCUCAGGAUCGGACAAUUAUCGAGAAGAAUUUCCUAAAGGGUCAGAUCGGGGUUAUUUGUUGCACAUCUACCCUGGCAGUUGGUAUCAACCUUCCUUGCCACACCGUCGUGUUGAAGGGCACUGUGUGCUUUGCCGAUGAAAAGCUGGAGGAGUAUUCGGACUUGGAGGUCAUGCAGAUGCUCGGACGAGCUGGUCGUCCUCAGUUUGAUGAUAGUGCCACAGCUAUCAUCCUCACACGGAAUACCAACAGGCAGCGCUACGAAAAGAUGGUCUCGGGCCAUGAGAUCCUCGAGAGCACACUACACCUGCAUCUUAUCGAGCACCUAAACUCCGAGAUUUGCCUUGGCACCAUCAACAGCCUCGAAUCCGCCAAAAUCUGGCUUUCCGGUACCUUUCUGAGCGUUAGACUGAGGAAGAACCCCAAGUACUAUCAGCUCACAGGCAGCACCACGAGUCCUUCUCAGAUCGAUGAAAAUCUCGAGAAGAUUUGUGAAAGGGACAUCAGGCAACUUCAGGAUGCCAAAAUGGUUACUGAUGGCGACAUCUUCUGGUGCACUGAAUAUGGCCGUGCCAUGUCCAAGUAUAUGGUCGAGUUCAACACCAUGAAACUGCUGUUACAGAUCCCUCGUGCGGCCAGCAUGGAAGUGUUGGCCACGGAGUUCAAAGACUUCCGCUUCAAGCCAAACGAACGGGCACUAUUCCGCGAGGUCAAUCAGUCUCCCCUCAUCCUGUACCCAAUCAAAGAGAACGUGACCCAGCUCUGGCACAAGAUCUCGCUCAUGCUCCAAGCUCACCUCGGAUGCGUUCAAUAUCCUGACUCCGUAGAGUUUUCUAAAAUCAGACGCCAGCUCCAUGCUGAAAGGCGGGCCGUGUUUGAGAGGCUGGGUCGCCUUGUUCGCGCCGUUAUCGACUGCAAGGGUUAUGAUCGCGAUGCUAUCGGAACGAGAAAUGCCCUUGAGCUCGCCAGAGCCCUGGCUGCUGAGUCCUGGGAGGGACGAGCUACCCAAUUAAUUCAGGUUCCCCAAAUUGGGCCCGUCGGCAUGCGCAAGCUGGCAAGCAGGGGCAUCCGCAGCGUCCUGGAACUUGCUGACAAGGAUUACGACGAGAUUGAGCGCCUGAUGUCUCGUCAACCACCGUUCGGCAAGGACAUGAAGGCCCACCUUGACAAGUUCCCCCGUCUUGACAUGGACCUUGAGGUCGUUGACCGCAAAGUUGUCUCCAAUGAUCAGGAACCCGUCUUGAUCGAGGUCAAAGCCACCCUUCGCUAUCUCAAUCGCAAGGGGCCUCCCACCUGGUUAAACCGAUGGCCAGCGCUAACCUUUUUCGUUGAAGCUGGCAAAGGAGUGUUGGCUUUCUUCUGGCGCGGGAGCAUGAAAAAACUCAACCCACAGAGCGGUCAUGAGCUGCGGUUUGCUGUCGGGCUUCAUGAGCCACAAGAUCGCGUCAUCUGCUACUUUACCUGUGAGGAGAUCGUUGGCACGAUUGUGUCCAAGACUCUCCAACAUAAUGUCCCGGCUUCAGUAUUCCCGACACGUCUAUCCCGAUACGACACGACCCCACGCCGACGCAGUUAUGUCGAUGAGAUAGAUGAUCCAGACAAUGAUGGUCUCGAUGAUGCUGACCUGAUAAUGGCUGAGGAGAGGGCAAUGGCUUUGGUGUCAAAGAGACAACCACCCGAGCAGGGUUGUGAGUCUGUGGAAGAAGAGUAUCCCCCUGUUGAGAAGGUCCUCAACCGUUCAAGCAGCCGCAACCAGCCAAUUACGAGAGUGCUCGAUGAUCACUGGUCUUAUCCCCACGACACCGACGAGGACAAGGACAACAUGACCGUAGAAUAUCGGGAGCCCGUGAAAUUGCCUAACGGCAAGUGGCAGUGCAAUCAUCCUUGCAGUGGAGAUUCUAACACCAAAAAGUCUGCUCCUGUUGACUCCAAUGAGUCUCCGCUUUCUCAACUCUGCAUCAAGCAGGCAUUCGAGCGUGCCCUGUCCACAACUGAGGAUUUCCAGGCCAAACGGGUCAAGGCGAACUACCUGGCUCCAUCAAACCUGGCCAAACCAUUUCCCCCGCAGUUCUUUACAUGGACCAUUGCGAACUGCAGGUCAUUUAACGAGAAAGAAUUCAAAAAAUCGGAAGCGGAUUGCAUCGACCUUUCCUGGACCGACGAUGAAGAUGAUCUGCUCGCCAUUGCCAUUGGCAAUGGAUUGCACACGCCGACGGAAACCAAAACGAUGACCUCAGCCGCAAGCAACGCCCAUCGAGCAGCAGAUGUUGUUAACCAGAAGACUGGAAAGAAUCCAGUAGAUAAACGGACCAAGGAUGUAUCAUCUGUUGAGCUGGAUCCAGAUUGGUUUGAUGAUGACCUCGAGUCGCUUUUCGGUGACGAAGUUUCCCGCUUUGAGGGGCUCAGGUCAACCGGAAGCGCACUCACCUCAAAGACAAAGGCCGAUUUCACACUGCAUGACAAAAUCACCUGCAAUACGACUGAGAGGCACGGGGGCUUUCCCUCUGUUCCCCAGGGGUGCUCCAAGACAGACUUGCUGCCUGGUAGUCACACGCAGGGAGCCUCGCAUCCUCAAGCACGUAGCAUCCCCUCCGAGGAAACGAGCGACGAAAUCAAAGUCGGCAGCUUCAUUUUUUGUCAGGCAUCUCUGGAGCAAGAUUCUCUUGAGCAGCAGAUCGCUCCAGCCACGAGUGAUGAGCCAGCCUGGUUAGCUGAGUUUGAUCCUGAGCUUGUGGACAUGUUUAGGGGGUAUGUGACAUUUGUGGAUUAG